AUGGUGUCCGACCAACGAACGCGUGGAGCAGAGUUGUGCAACUUCUGUUUGGGAAAACACGCCCCUGAAACGCGAGAUCUCGACCCUAGUCCCAGCUGGACUCCCGCUCCCCUUCCUCCCGGCCCCGUCCCCACGGUCACACAGCACCUCCGAGAGCUGGUCCUCACGCACCCUGCGGGGGGCCGGUCGGUGCGCAAGCAUUCGGUGUGGGGCACCAAUGGGGUUCCCACCGAUGGAGGAAACCUUUCCCGAGAAGCUGGGCUGGCCCGAGGGCUUGUGACCCCCUCACGGCUUGUGAAUAACCUUACGCUGGGUGCCUCCCACCCCGGCUGGACAAAUCUGGAGAGAGCGCAUGGGGCCCGGAGUGUGGGAGGCAGCCUGCAUUUCAGGUUCCUGGUCUUCCUGCGCUACCAGUGUUACUACGGGAACCCGCUGCUCACCUUCCUGGAGUACCCCAUUCUCAUCGCUCAAGAUGUCGCUCUCCUGCUCUGUGUCUUUCAUUUUAACGGAAACAUGAAGCAGGCCGCGCCCUACAUGGCUGUAUUUGUGUCUUCUUGGUUCAUCCUCAGCCUACAGAAGUGGAUCAUUGACCUGGCCAUGAACUUAUGUACGUUCAUCAGCGCGGCCAGUAAGUUCGCCCAGCUCCAGUAUCUGUGGAAAGUGCAAGACUCGGGGGCUGUGAGCGCGCUGACCUGGGGCCUCGCUGCGUACACCUGUGCAACAAGAAUAAUAACAACUUUAAUGACCACCAAUGAUUUUACAAUUCUUAUUCGUUUUGUGAUCAUGCUGGCUUUAAACAUAUGGGUAACAGCUACAGUACUUCGCUACCGGAAGCCUGUCAUAAAGGCUGAAUGACGGACCUUACUGCUACACAAAAAGUGGGUUUUGAGUAACUGAAGCAAAGGAAAAAACAGCUCAUUGCUACGUGAAGCAAUCAUUUCAGGAAACUUUGAAGUCAGAGGUAUUUAGGACUUCAAAGAGUACUUAGUUUAUUUUAAAAAAUGCCAAUUUUGCUGGGUAUGGUGGCAUAUGCCUGUAAUUGCAGAUACUCAGAAGGCUGAGGUAGGAGGGUGACAGGUUUCAGGUCAGCCUGGGUAACUUGGGGAGACCGUGUUUCACAAUAAAAUAAGGGCUGGUGUGUUUCUGUAGUAGAGCGCUUGCUUUGCAUAUGUGAGGCCCAGGGAUCAAUAUCCAGGACCAGGGAGAAACGUCUUAGAAGGCAGGUUUCCCUCGUCUCCCCACUCCUGAGGCCACAGCCAGCUGACAGCUCAUCUUUGAUAUCUGCAGUGACCCACAGAAGAUGCUCAAGCAGCCUACGAGCCCUCGUUCUUCAAGUCAUGAUUAAGUACUUUCUGAAAAGCCAACUACAUCUAUCUUUCAGGUUUCAAAAUCUUUUAAGUAAUAACUUCUUUCCACAACUAAAAUGAACACGGAAUGAGAUUCUGCUCAGUUGGGAAGUGAAACUGCAAUAUAUCAGCAGGGCUCGCUCUGGGCCUGCUUGAUUGUAACACAAAUAAAACACCGCGGCCUGGCUUGAUGCCACACACCUGCCCGGCUAAGCACCUCCUGGAAAGGCUGGUGUUCUGUGCUCAGUGUCCUUGGCUUCACCCUGUGCCUGCCUUUGAAUAUUUCUAUAAAAAGGUACUAAUAGUUGUAAUCUCCACUGAGGAUGAGGAAGUGUAUCCCAGGGAAUUCCCAGUUUAAGCAUAGUGCUACCAUUUAAAAAGGGCUACACCUGUAUCAUUACUGGGUUUCGGUAUAAGACACCACUUUUUAGCUAUUGAAAAUACAGUAGUAAAGAGCAGUGCUAGGUUCUGUCUAAAGCUUAUGGAUUUUAUUCUUAUAGUAUCUUGUCCUAAACAUGUUAACAGUAUUCCCUAACAUUUCAAAACUCAAAUCCCCCUUCUACGUGAAUGGUAUUAUUCUGUUAUAUGCAGUAAGUAAGCAAUGUUUACUAGUAUACGUUUACUUUCCUGUGAACCUGUGUAUAAUAAAUUUUCAUAUUUUGGACUCUGA